AUGCCUCUCCUCAGUAGAAAGAAACGCCAGCCCGGACCCCGUACCAACAAGGACGGGACUCAGGGAGGUUCAGGUCAGCAGCGCGAACUCCAGCAUUCCUUGUCGCUCCCGGACCUCACGACCCCUCUUCUCGACCCCUCCUCGUGGGAGUCUAUACCUGAUUUCCCGGGCUCGAUCCCAAGUUUACCGAAUGCCAAGUCAGCCAACGGGUCUUCGCGCUCAUUAUGGCCACCAACCGGUAUCGCCGCCGCUGGCGCUGGGGGCGACCACGUGUACGCUCAAGCAGCUACAGGACCAAGGGGCCGUUCGCCUUCGCUCGUCAGUGGAGGCCCGGGGUCGCCUGCGGCGUUCCACAAACCGUUCAGUCGGUGGCAGGUCGUCAAUGAGGAGGCGGGGCCGGUGCCCCCUUUACAGUACAGAGGGGACUUUAGGAAGAGUGCAUGGAGUCGGGACAGUGGGCAGGGAAGCGUACACCCGCACUCCUAUCACACCCCGGGGGUGGGGAUGGGGUCAGGGCACCAAGCGAGGAGGCGGAAGAAGGGGAGAGUGGCGGAGAGGCUGAACGUGAUGGUUGUUGGUGGGAAGGGCGUGGGGAAGACGAGCUUUCUCGCUCUCCUACGAGAUACUUCCACAGCGACUGAGGAGGUUCAGAGCAAGCCCAUGCUCUCGCCCGUGAAGUCCUCGAAGCAGAUACAAACUCCAUCAUCCCCGACUUCCCCCGGCCCACCCAUCACGCCCUCCGACUCCCCUCUUUCCCCACCUGCCGAGUCACCGGGCCCCACAGCCCCCAGCUCGCCCAUUCAACCCACCAAAGCGCUGCCACAUCCCCAUCCGCCACUGCAGCGACCCACCCCCACCACCCGCCUCUCUUCCUCCUCCACGACCCUCGACCGACCCGCCGAGAAGCUCCAGCUCGAGUUGAUCGAUACGCCCGGCCUAGAUCUACGAGGGGACGACGGACCCGCCAUGCACGCUCGACGACGCGAGAGGGGGGUUACGGCACUGUUGAGAGUGGCGGAGGACAGGUUUGGGGAGGUAUUGAGGGAAGAAGCGAAGGUUGUCAGGCGGCAGCUGAGCGGCGGGAGUGGUCUGGUACAUUUGUAUGUGCGAGCGGCGCUUCAUCCGGUGGAGGAAGAGGUGGAUGUCGAUUGGUCCGGUCUCAGUAUCUCAGAGGUCAGCCCAGAGCAUGCGGCCGAGUUGGAAAAAAUGGAGGACUUGUGUCCGAGCGUGGCAAAGGUGGAGCUUGACAUUAUACGCCGCCUAGGCAAACGGAUGAAUGUCCUUCCUAUCUUGACACAUACCGACCAUCUCUCGAUCGCAGAACUCAGCGCCGUCAUGGAGGCAGUGAGGCGUGAUCUGGCAGAGGGACCGAGCGAGGAUGAAGGGAGGGGAUUUGGAAUGUUCGGGAUGAGGGUGGAAGAGGAUCAGAGUGGAAGGACGCCUCUGCCUCCGCUGGGUACCUCUACUGGGGGAGACGAACUGCCGAGCGACGAUCAGCCGCCCACACCUACCUCCAUCAUAUACCCACCAGGCGACGCCGGCAGCAUGCCAUACGCCAUAUUCGCUUCCUCUAGUGGAUCCGGCAACCGAGCAUACCCAUGGGGCACAGCAGACGUAGCGCAGCAUUCGGACCUGGAAGCGCUGAGGGAGGCGAUACUUGACACGCACGCUAAAGCGCUGAGGUCGACGACGAGGGAAGUACUGUAUGAGCGAUAUAGGACAGAACAGCUUCUUGCGCGCCGGGCGAAACGGGGCCUAUCGGACGAGUCGGCUGAGUCGUAG